CGCGCGGCGGCUCCUUCCGCCCUGCCCUGCGCUCGGCUCGGCGGACAUCGGUUUCGGGGCGGGGGACUCCGAGGGUCCCGAGUGCUCGGGAGGAGUGGCGCCGCUUCCGGGGAAACCGAGUGCUGACCGGAAGAAAAGAUGUUUGGUUUUCACAAGCCAAAGAUGUACCGAAGUAUAGAGGGCUGCUGUAUUUGCAGAGCGAAGUCCUCCAGUUCUCGAUUCACCGACAGUAAACGCUACGAGAAGGACUUCCAGAGCUGUUUUGGGUUGCACGAGACUCGCUCGGGAGAUAUCUGCAACGCCUGUGUUCUGCUUGUGAAACGAUGGAAAAAGCUGCCGGCAGGAUCAAAGAAAAACUGGAAUCAUGUGGUAGAUGCGAGGGCAGGACCCAGUCUAAAGACUACACUGAAACCAAAGAAAGUGAAAACCCUGUCUGGAAACAGGAUAAAAAGCAACCAGAUUAGCAAACUGCAGAAGGAAUUUAAACGUCACAAUUCUGACGCGCACAGCACCACCUCCAGUGCCUCCCCCGCCCAGUCUCCUUGUUACAGUAACCAGUCAGAUGAUGGCUCGGACACAGAGAUGGCUUCUGGCUCCAGCAGAACGCCGGUUUUCUCCUUUUUAGAUCUUACAUACUGGAAAAGACAGAAAAUAUGCUGUGGGAUUAUCUACAAAGGCCGCUUUGGGGAAGUCCUCAUCGACACGCACCUCUUCAAGCCGUGCUGCAGCAACAAG